AUGAGCGCUGAAAUCCGCCUAGAGAGGAGUCGGGAGCAGAACAAGCAAAGCUCGAAGAAAGCCCGGAUACGCCGUAAAGGGGAGGAGGAGUCCCUCAAGCAUGAGAUCGAGAGCCUUCAGGUCGGUCAGGCGGCGAGCGCAUGGGAAAUAUUCGUGACCCCCAUUCAUGCAGAACCUGUAGAAGGUUGUCCAGCGUUAUCGCAGGACUGUUCGUGCGACUUCUACGGCAGUCUGCGCCUCGCAAGUAGUACUUUAGCCGCGUAG